AUGUCUCUGCGUGCUACUGGCAGCUCGGCUGGCUUUGCCUACAAGGCAUCGACUGCCAUGGCCCUGCCCGACGCCGCACCUGGAGCCAUGCCCUCAUCCAGGCUGCAACUUCAUAUUGCGUGCAAAGACCUGACCAGCAUGGACACCUUUAGCAAGAGUGAUCCUUACGUGGUAAUGCAACUGAAGGAUGCCCGAGGCCAGUUUGUCGAGGUGGGCCGCACCGAAGUCCAGGGCAACAAGAAGAGUCCCACUUUUGCAACCGUCCUAGAAGUGGACUAUCUCUUUGAAACCAUCCAGCAAGCCCGCUUUAUCAUCUAUGAUCACGACAAAGAUGGCAAGCCGGACAGCGAGCAAGACCUCAUUGGCCAGGUGGAAACCCACCUGGGUGAGAUUGUGGGUCUGCAUCGUGGCCACAUGGUCGUGCCCAUCCGCAAGUCGGCCAGCUCCAAGUCAGAGCGAGGCACCUUGAUUGUGGACGCUGAAGAAAGUGCAGAUGUCAAGGGCAUUGUGCACCUGACCCUACAAGGCCAAGAUUUGGACAAGAAGGAUUUUUUUGGCAAAUCCGACCCUUACUUUAUUCUCAGCCGUCAGCUGCGUGGGUCAUGGCGCCCCAUCUUCAAGAGCGAGGUCAUUAAGAAGACGCUCAACCCCACCUGGAAGACCAUCCAGCUCCCGCGCCGGGCCUUUGGAAACGGCGGCCCCGAUGACAGUGUGCGGAUCGAAGUCUAUGACUGGGAUCGCAAUGGCAAGCAUGAUUUCAUCGGCAAGGUGCAAGUCACCCUGAGGGAAUUGUUUGAACGACCAGAUGCCAGCCAACAACUGCAGCUUAUCAAUCCCGACAAGAAAAAGCACGCGGGCAAGGCGGGCCUACUCAACAUGAAGGUGCACGUUGAGCCAGAGUAUACCUUUGUCGACUACUUGCGUGGCGGCCACGAGCUGCACUUUCAAAUCGCCGUUGACUUUACCGCGAGCAAUGGCGACCCACGCAUGCCCAGUUCGCUGCACUACAUGAACCCCAUGUCCCCAAACCAGUAUCAACAAGCCAUCAUGGCCAUCGGCCAAGUCAUCCAAGACUACGACACGGACAAACAGUUUCCCUGCUUUGGUUUUGGCGCCAAGUCAGGCGAAACCGUUCUUCCGAUUUUCGCGCUCAAUGGCAACAUGCAGCAGCCCUAUUGUGAUGGGAUCGAUGGGAUGAUCGCCGCCUACCAGCAGGGUUUGCUUAAUGUAACCCUGUGGGGGCCAACUAAUUUUGCCCCCAUCAUUGCCCAAGCGGCUCAGGUGGCACGGGAUCACAGCCAGUUUUACCACGUCUUGUUGAUCCUGACCGACGGUGCCGUCUCCGACUUUAACGAUACUGCUCGCGAGAUUGUGGCGGCCUCGAGUCUCCCUCUGAGCAUCAUCAUUGUCGGAGUGGGGAAUGCAGACUUUGGAAUGAUGGAGCAGUUGGAUGGUGAUGAGGUGCCUCUCACCUAUCAGGGUCGCCAACCGGAGCGUGACAUCGUUCAGUUUGUGCCCUUUCGCAAGUUUUCGCAAGGACCUGGGGCCCAGAGUGCACUCGCGCAGCCCAUUAACAAGGCCCCGUACAAUUUUUGUACAGCACGUCAUACAUUGGGCAUCCCGCGCCUGGAUGAAGUGCCUGUGAAGAAGCGUUACACGUUAUGA